AUGGAUGCCUUCGAUGCACUUCCAGACGGCAACACCGACGACGCCAUUGCUGUAGUUGGCAUGUCGUGUCGGUUUCCUGGCGAUGCCGACAAUGUCGAAAAUUUCUGGGAGAUGAUCCGAGACGGCAGAGAUGCGUGGUCCGAGAUUCCGAGCGACCGGUUCAAUGCCAAAGGCUGGUACCAUCCCGAUCCCAACCGGCCAGGCAGUCCGAAGCUGUGUCCAUGGAUCCCCAGCAAAGAAUGCUACUUGAAGUCGUUUAUGAAGCUCUUGACAGCGGUACGUUGA